AAAUAACCCCAUAAUAACGCAAAACCCAUCCGGUUCCCUUUUCAGUUCCCGGCGGCCAUUUCCUUCGCCGGAACCCUUGAAUUCUCCGGCGAUUAUUCUCUACCGUUUAUCACAAUAGCAGUUCAAAAUGUCACGUUUUCCAACUGAUCGAUACGAUGAACAAAGACUAAUUCAAGAAGUUCUCUACCUCCAUUCUCUUUGGCAUCAAGGUCCUCCUCAACCCCACCCCCACCCCUACCUCCCUAUCCCAACCCCUACCCCAACACCAACCCCAGUGAGUCUACAACCCUCCAGUUCAACCCAAUUUAAGAAACAGAAGAAAAAAUCCAAAAGGCUCAAAGAAACAAUUACAGAUUCUGGUAUUGAAUGGCCUUGUCCCAAAACCCCAACUGAAACCCCUCUAGUAACGGAUUCGGGUUGGCCCACUUUCAAAACCCAGUUAAAUGCCCAACCCCAUUUGCCUACUUCCCAAGAACUGGCACAUUUCGCCUCGAACCAAGCCCAUCAACAUGCUUUGAAAGCUGUAUCUGAAUACUUAAAGGGUUCAACCAAUGAUGAGGAUGAUGAUAAUGAUAGUGAAAAUGAUGAUGAGGCUGAUGAGGGGGAUAAAGAUUACAACUUUUUCGCGAAAUUGUUUAGGGAAGAUGGUGUAUUGAGAGAGUACUAUGAGAAGAACAAAGAGAAUGGUGGGGAAUUUAGUUGUCUUGUGUGUUGUGGGGUUGGUAAGAAAGGGUGGAUGAAGAGGUUUAAGGAUUGUGUGGCUCUUGUUCAGCAUUCUAUUACUUUAGCCAACAUGAACACGAGACGAGCUCAUAGGGCUUAUGGUCAGGUCAUUUGCCAAGUUCUUGGAUGGGAUAUUAAUAGGCUUCCGUCGAUUGUUUUAUCUGCAGGUGAUAAUAAGACUAGUGAAUCUUCUGAUAAACCGGUCGAAGCUCAGGGGAAUGAGAAUGGUGGUGGUAAAAAUGGUUUGAAUGGUCAAAGCAAUACCACAGAUACUGUAAAUGUUGGCAGCGACGAAUUAUCUCAGCUAAAAGAGUCUUUCAGUACUGAAAACCAGCAAGAAAAUGGUGGUGGCUCCACAGCGUUAGAGCACAAAUCCUUCAAUGAAGCCAGUGUCAGUAGUGGUAUUCCUGAAACAGCAAAAGACAAUGCAGAGGGUGCAUCUUGUCUGGGGGAUGAGAAUGAUGGUGCUAUAAAUGGUUUGAGUGGUCAAAGCAAUACCACAGAUACUGUAAAUGUUGGCAGCAACGAAUUAUCUCAGCGAAAAGAGUCUUUCAGUACUGAAAACCAGCAAGAAAAUGGUGGUCGUUCCACAGCAUUAGAGAAUCCUCCGAUUGAAGCCAGUGCUACUAGAAGCUUGGAAGAUGUUAGCAUCGGUAUACUGGAAACAGCAAAGGGGAAUGCCGAGGGUGCAUCCAAUUGUCAGGAACCGUUGCAAGAGGAAACGAAUGCUGCAGAGGGAGAAAGUACUUAAAAAGGAUGAUGUUUCUAAAGAGACAACUACCAUUAGUGACAACAAUCGUCGAGAACUCUGAGAUUGCAAGGUGAAAUGGUUUAUGCGUUUGAUAGAGAAUGAUUGUUAGAUGAAUGAGGAACAACUUUAUCUUUAGGUUAGUGAUCUAGGUAAACCAGUUUGUUUAAGAAGACAAAAUUACUGUUAAUGAGAUGAUACCUUGAUAUUUCUCUUUAUUGUGGAACUGAAAUUAUGUAAAGGACUAUGAAGCCAAAGGAAAAAACCUGAGGAUUUGUUCGCCUCUUGAGGGAGUA